AUGAAACUAAGAAAUUUAUUUGUUGGAGCAACCAUAGUUUAUUUAUUUGCAUGUUUUGUUAUUUUUUUAUUUGGUAUUGGUCUAUUUUUCCAACCAUAUUAUAGAAUCACAAAAAAAACAACCGUCUUUUCAUUGGAUGGUGAAGAUAUAGAAGCGCAAUCAUGGGAACAUACAGACUUGGAACUUAAAUAUGUGACAAGAUCAACAAGAUAUGAAACAGGUGACAUGGCACGGACCUCUGUCUACUAUUUCGAUUCCUAUCAUAUCCCACAUCUCUAUAAGAUUACAAAUAUUCAUUUGGCGUUUUUCUUUGUUACUUGGAUCUUUCUUUUACCGGUAGUUUUUACUACCCUUCAGUUUAUGGAAGAAGGAUCAAUGGUUUCUGUAUGGUGGCUACUAGGUACAUCACUGGUACUUACUAUAAUGUAUUUGGUACCAGUUUUGAUGAUUCUAAAAGUACCAAAAGCCAAUGCAAAAGAUUUUAAAAUGGAAUAUGAAUGUUUUCAUGAUAAUCAAUAUUAUCAUUAUUGUUCAUCCAUUCAAGGACAUGUUUCAAAUUUUCAAGUAACUCCUGAAAAGAUUGUAGAAAUUACAUGGGGAAUAGAAUUAGGAUGGUAUUUUACUCUUUUGGGUCUUCUUGUUCAAGCUAUAUAUGCCAUCCUUCUAAUAGUGAUUGCAUCUUUCAAUAUAAUCCAUGAUUGUAUGCAAAAGAGACAACGAAAAACUUCUAGACCAUCCAUCCAAAUGGUUGAACCAAAUUACAUUGUCAAUUUAUCAAAAGAUACUCCUACCCCUACUUCUCCUUCAAAUAUAUUUAAUAUUUCAAGAUCAGAUCAAUAA